AUGCUCAAGACACUGUUAAUAGGGUUCGGGUGCUGUGCUUGUGUCCUGACCAUAGGCAUCCUCAUCGGACACUAUGGGAUCACCAAACCCGGGAGCCCUGCACCGUCCUGGGCUAAUGACGUGGUCAGAGAUGUGGAUGAGAACUUCAUCACUACCUUCCUGUCUGAGGUGGACAGUAAAGAAAUUGAGCAGAAUUUAUGGGAGCUGACCAAAGUGCCUCACAUGGCCACUACAGAGGGAGACGAGCAGACAGUGCAGUUAAUGCUGAAGAGAUGGCAGGACCCAGAGACAGGCCUGGAUGAAGCCUGGAGAGAGGAGUACAAUUAA